ACAAGUUCUGUAAAAAUGCAGAAGCAAUAACCCGAAAGUUCCUGAAAGCCAACCCCAACGUCCUCGUGUUGAAAUCCGACAAAGGAAAUAAAACGGUACUGAUGGAAGCAACAGCGUACAAGGAGAAAAUGCACGAGUUGCUGCAGGAUAGAAGCACAUACAAUCCGAUAGCAAGCGACCCCACCUCACGAUACGAGCGACAAAACAACAGUCUAGUCAAACGUCUUCGAAAUCUCAACCUAAUUGACCAACGAACAGCACAACAGCUUACAAGGUACAACUCCGUUUGUCCAAGGAUAUACGGACAACCAAAGGCCCACAAGUCCGGCCUACCACUGCGGCCAGUCGUACCGAACGUGACGGCACCAUCCUACAACUUAUCCAAAUUUGUGGGAAGGACGCUACAACAGUCAUUGGUAAGCUCAUACAACAUAAAAGACUCCUACAGUUUCUGCGACUUCAUAAACAACAUAAGACUACCCCCAAACCACGUACUGAUAUCCCUCGAUGUGAAAGCUCUGUUCACUUCGAUACCAAAGUCCCUAGUGAUCAGUAGCAUAAUCAUGCGGUGGAACGAAAUCAGCCCACAUACCAACAUCUGUCUGGAUUUGUUCCUAGAAAUAACUGAGUUCUGCAUUGACUCAAGUUACUUCAAGUAUGAUGGUCAACAUUACGCCCAAAUCUUUGGUACGGCCAUGGGCAACCCCCUCUCAUCCCAUGUAGCCGAUUGGGUUAUGGAGACAUUGCUCGAUACUGUGACUCGCAUGCUGCACAUUCCGUUACCAUUCAUCAAGAAAUUCGUAGAUGACUUGAUCACAGCGAUCCCGUUGGACCAACUCCAACACGUUCUCGAUACCUUCAACAGCUAUGACCCCCACAUCCAAUUCACCCACGAGUUGGAAGUGGAUAACAAGCUACCUUUCCUCGAUAUGCUGCUAAUCAGACAUAGCGAUCAAAAAGUCACAACACAAUGGUAUCAAAAACCGAUCGCGAGUGGUAGAUUUUUGAAUUACCAUUCAUUCCACCCACUCAGUCAGAAAAUCAGCAUGGCCAAAAACUUCGCCAGAAGGGUCAGUUUACUCUCUACUGACCUCGAUGAUGCAUCAAAAGCCCGCAUCAUUGAUGAGCAUCUGAAGAUGAAUGGCUACCCCCAGUCGCUCCGACACCGAAUAACCAACCGUAUGAAUGAAAAGUCCACAAUACCAGUGGAACAACAAUCGGCCGAAAACCUGGAAUAUACUUACCGCAGCAUACCAAACAUUCCUCACCUGUCAAACAUGAUUGACAGGGCAUUCAAGCUGGAGUACAAGAACAUACGAAUGGCAAAAUACAACAUGAAAACGACAAAUAUGUUGUUCUCGAACGUGAAGGAUCCAAUCCCCUUGGAAAAUCAAUCCAAUGUAGUCUACCACAUUCCCUGUACAAAUUGCGAAGCAUGCUACAUUGGUAUCACCACCAAUCGCCUACGUACCAGAAUCAGCGGACACCAAACUCACUACAACACUAUGCAGAGACUCCUAGACCAAGGAAUUGACCCGACUGAUCCGCAAAUAGAAAUCCUUGGAGAACGGACAGCGUUGAUGAAGCAUAGCAUCGACAAAAACCACAGAUUCGACCUGAAAAAAGUGAAAAUAUUAGACCGAGCGAAAUCAACGUCCAACUUACAGUUCCUCGAAAUGUGUCAUAUCAAAAACAACGAACGAAGCAUAAACAGAAGAACCGAUACAGACGGUUUACAUGCUAUAUACGCAGGUAUACUAUAUGAAAUAGGCAAGAAAAACGAAUCACAAACAGAAUACGAAACCCAUGCAAAUGUAAACAACACAACACAGUAGUAGUCAACACCAACACACAAUACAACUCUCUAUUAGUAGUAGGCCCCACACACAACGAUACUCUCCCAAACCAAAAUCCAGUAUAGAUCGAAAAGUAUCGAUAAAGCGUAGGAGAUCGAUUAUCACGAUUAUCCGAUCGAGAAAAAGUUAGUUCAAGCUCACAGAUAAAGCUCCAAAAACCGGUUACAGUGUCGCCAAGAAAUAUUGCUACGAGCACACCGAAGUGGGCCGCCAUUCCUAGAUGUGGACAACCGUGUAUAGAACACCUCCCCUCCCCCCUCUUAACAACGGAACAG